AUGAGAAGCACCUCGGCGGCGGCAGCAGCUCCGGCUCGGACGACGACGAGCCGCGCACGCCGCGCAUCGGCGUCCUGCUGCUGGUCUGGAUCCACGGGUGAGUCCGCUGCGGCGGCACAGAGCGCCCUGCCUCUGACCUGCUUCACCAGCUUCAAGGGCUCGGCGACGUCGACGUUCGGCGACUUUCCCGCACGCCUGGCACACAUGCUGCAGGCCUCGCACCCGCACGUCGCCGUCGCGUCUGAGAUCUACCCGACGUACGACACGCGCGGCUCGCUGGCGCGCGCCUCGGACGCGCUGCUCGAGUGGCUCACGACACGCACCGUGGAGCUCGAGUGCAAGCCGGCGGUCGACGCGGCGGGCGUCGAGGUGCCGGCAGCGCGCUCCGGGCGCGGGCUGGGCGCCGGCUCGGUACGCCUCAUCCUCUGCGGGCACUCAAUGGGCGGCCUCAUCGCCGUCGACGCCGCCGUCAGCUCGGCCAGCUCGGCGCCGCCGGGCCCGCACCGCCACGACCAGCUGUGGCCGCGCAUCUGCGGCGUCGUCGCCUUUGACACGCCCUACUACGGCGUACACCCAAAGACGUUUGCCAACGCGGCAAGCAAGUACGGCAGCUACCUCAAGACGGCGCACAGCAUCGGCUCGCAGCUGGCGCCGCUGGGCGCCAGCCUGGGCUUCUGGGGCGCGUCGCAGGCCGCCGCCGCUAGCUCCUCGGCGCGCAAGGUCAAGGACACGCCGCCGCAGGAACAGAAGAAGGCCGCAUCGGGCUGGUCCACGGCGCUGCUGGCGGGCAGCGCCGUGGCGCUCGCGGCGGGCGGCGCGACCGCCGGCAUGUGGUACGGCGGCGGCUACGACUAUCUGAAGGAGCACAUGCUGUAUGUCGGCAACCUGUGGGACGAGGAGGGCCAAAAGGCACGGCUAGAGCGGCUUGUCGAACAGCCCCAGCUGUUCUUCAGGGCGUUGUACAACCGCCUGCCGCCCGCGAGCGGAGCGCGCGACAAGCGCACCUUCAUCGUGCUGCCGCCCGCCGCGUCGCCCGUGGCCGACUGCUUCGAGGCCGUCGAGGAGAGCGGCGCCGCCGACGAGGUCGACGCGCACACGACGAUGUUCACGCGCUUCUCGCCGGGCUACGUGACGCUGGGCCUUCGUGAGUCUCGCGUAGUG